AUGUCUGAUGCGGAUUUCGAGACCAUCAAGAGGCUCCAGCAGGAGCGCAACGCCGCGGCAGCCUCGUCCAAGAGCUCUCGCGCGUUGGCAGCCUCGAACCAACGCACCGACUCGACGAAGCAGCGGCUCACCGACAGCGCGGACAGCGUUCUGUACGACACGCAGGGGGGCGACAAGUUUGCGGGAUAUCACACGUCCCUGCCCAUGGGAGAUGAUGACGAUGAGAUGGCAGACGGCGACAACACGCGUAGGCUCGUGGGCCAGUACACAGCCUCGCGCGAGAUGAUUGACGAGUUUGCCCGCGGCGAUGGCGUCGAAGAAGACGACAUCCUCGCCGGCAAGGGCGAGAAGAGCGGGCGCAUCGCUGACCGCGAGACUGAUUACCAGAAGCGAAGGUUCAACCGCGUGCUCACGCCGACCCGAGCCGAUCCUUUUGCUGAGAACCGACAGGCCGGCGCCGCGGAGAAUGGAACCAGCUAUCGGGAGAUUAUGGAGAUGCGCGAGCUCGAGCGCGAGGAGAUGCGUGUGAAGCAGGCUAUUCAGGCAGAGUCGACGAACAACCACGAUGACGAGGAGCUCAAGCCAACGCUCGCCGAGGGCGACAAGGAAAACGCAGAGGCGGGUUCCACCGAGGCUGUUACGUCGGUACGCAAGCGUAAGAAGCGAUGGGACGUCUCGACAACGCCUGCCGGAGAAGAGGAGGCCAAGGAGGAGGCUGCAGCUGAAGCCAAGUCCAAGCGCUCCCGUUGGGACCAGACCCCAUCUGUUCCGGCCCCCGGUGCCAUGGAGGCUCCCAAGAAGCGCUCGCGAUGGGAUCAGGCACCCUCUGCAACCCCGAUGGGCAAUCAAGGCCUUGCAACCCCCAUGCACCCGUCGCAGGCUGCCCCGAUGCCCACGACCUUUGGCACCGAUAUCUCUGGACGGAAUGCGCCCCUGAGCGACGAAGAGCUCGAUCUGCUCCUGCCUGGCGAAAAGGAGGGCUACAAGAUCCUAGAACCCCCUCCGGGUUACGAACCCGUCCGGGCUCCGGCUCACAAAUUGAUGGCGACCCCCGCACCUCAGACUGGCUUCAUGAUGCAGGACCCUGACCAAGUCAGACUUGGUGGAAAGCCGAUGCCAGCUGAGAUCCCGGGGGUUGGCGACUUGCAAUUCUUCAAGCCCGAGGACAUGGCCUACUUUGGCAAGCUCACAGACGGCGCUGAUGAGAACGCCCUUAGCGUGGACGAGCUCAAGGAGCGCAAGAUCAUGAGAUUGCUCCUCAAGAUUAAAAACGGAACCCCACCGAUGCGAAAGACGGCCCUUCGACAGAUUACGGACAAUGCUAGACAGUUCGGUGCCGGUGCCCUGUUUGACCAGAUUCUUCCACUGCUGAUGGAAAAGUCGUUGGAGGACCAGGAGCGACAUCUGCUCGUCAAGGUCAUCGACCGAAUUCUCUACAAGCUGGACGACUUGGUACGCCCAUAUGUGCACAAGAUUCUCGUCGUCAUCGAGCCGCUCCUGAUCGACCAAGACUACUACGCCCGAGUCGAAGGUCGUGAAAUCAUCUCCAACCUCAGCAAAGCAGCAGGUCUUGCAACCAUGAUAAGCACGAUGCGACCCGACAUUGACCACGUCGACGAGUACGUCCGUAACACGACCGCCCGAGCAUUCGCUGUUGUGGCCUCUGCCCUCGGCAUUCCCGCACUGCUGCCUUUCCUCAGAGCCGUGUGCCGAAGCAAGAAGUCCUGGCAAGCCAGACACACUGGAGUCAAGAUUGUUCAGCAGAUUCCCAUCCUGAUGGGAUGUGCAGUGCUUCCCCACCUCAAGGGCCUGGUCGACUGCAUUGCCCCCAAUCUGAGCGAUGAGCAGACGAAAGUCAGAACCGUUACUAGUUUGGCCAUUGCUGCCCUUGCUGAGGCCUCGAACCCGUAUGGUAUCGAGAGCUUUGACGACAUCCUCAACCCACUGUGGACUGGCGCUCGUAAGCAACGAGGAAAGGGACUGGCUGGCUUCCUCAAGGCCGUGGGAUACAUCAUCCCUCUCAUGGACGAAGAGUAUGCCAACUACUACACCAGCCAGAUCAUGGAGAUUCUGCUGCGAGAGUUUGCCUCGCCCGAUGAAGAGAUGAAGAAGGUGGUGUUGAAGGUGGUGUCUCAAUGCGCGGGCACCGAGGGAGUCACGGCCGGUUACCUGAAGGAGCAUGUCCUGGACGAAUUCUUCAAGAGCUUCUGGGUCCGGCGAAUGGCUCUCGACAAGCGCAACUACAAGCAGGUCGUCGAGACCACGGUCGACAUUGGCCAGAAGGUUGGCGUGAGCGAGAUUCUGGAGAGGAUCGUUAACAACCUCAAGGAUGAGAGCGAGGCCUACCGAAAGAUGACUGUGGAGACGGUUGAAAAGGUUGUGGCCAGUCUGGGUGCUGCGGACAUUGGCGAGCGUCUCGAGGAACGCCUGAUUGACGGCAUCCUUCACGCGUUCCAGGAACAGAGCGUCGAAGACAUUGUCAUGCUCAACGGCUUUGGUUCGGUGGUCAACGCCCUUGGAACCCGCUGCAAGCCAUACCUGCCGCAAAUCGUGAGCACAAUCCUCUGGAGGCUCAACAACAAGUCUGCCACUGUCCGCCAGCAGGCCGCCGACCUCAUCUCGCGAAUCGCCAUGGUGAUGAAGCAGUGUGGAGAGGAUGCCCUCAUGGGCAAGCUGGGUAUUGUCUUGUACGAGUAUCUGGGUGAAGAGUAUCCCGAAGUUCUCGGAUCGAUCUUGGGAGCCCUGCGAUCCAUCGUCACCGUCGUGGGUAUUUCUCAGAUGCAGCCGCCCAUCAAAGACCUGCUCCCUCGGUUGACCCCCAUUCUACGAAACCGACACGAAAAGGUGCAGGAGAACACGAUUGAUCUGGUGGGACGUAUUGCCGAUCGCGGCCCCGAGAGUGUCAACGCCCGAGAGUGGAUGAGAAUUUGCUUUGAGCUGCUUGAUAUGCUCAAGGCUCACAAGAAAGGAAUUCGACGAGCGGCAAACAACACCUUCGGUUUCAUUGCCAAGGCCAUUGGUCCCCAGGACGUUCUGGCCACGCUGCUGAACAACCUGAGGGUGCAGGAGCGACAGUCGCGUGUCAACACGGCCGUUGCUAUUGGCAUCGUCGCCGAGACCUGUGCCCCCUUCACUGUCCUGCCAGCCCUCAUGAACGAAUAUCGCGUGCCUGAGCUCAACGUCCAGAAUGGCGUGCUCAAGUCGCUGUCUUUCCUGUUUGAAUACAUUGGCGAAAUGGCCAAGGACUACGUCUACGCCGUCACGCCCCUUCUGGAGGAUGCCCUUACAGACCGAGACCAGGUUCAUCGCCAGACGGCCGCAUCGGUUGUCAAGCACAUUGCUCUGGGCGUUGUUGGCCUCGGCUGCGAAGAUGCCAUGAUUCAUCUGCUCAACCUGCUCUAUCCCAACCUGUUUGAGACCAGUCCCCACGUCAUUGACCGCAUCAUCGAAGCCAUCGAGGCCAUCCGUGUGGCCGCUGGCCCUGGCCUGGUCCUCAACUACGUGUGGGCUGGGCUUUUCCACCCAGCGAGAAAGGUGCGGACGCCCUACUGGCGUCUUUACAACGAUGCCUACGUCGCCGCGGCCGAUGCCAUGGUGCCAUAUUACCCCAACCUGGACGACGAGCUCAUGGACCGGCCGGAGCUGGCCAUUGUUUUGUGA